UGAGCUGGGGGAGCGAGGUCAGCAGUUUGCUCAGGAAGCAGGAGGGAGAGUGGCCAAAUCUGGGGUCAUGUGGGGCUCAGAGUAUACUUUUUUACAAAUUAGGUUUGGAGAGUUUGAGCAGGAUUGUGAGAGCACCUCUUGAAAAGAAGAGUAUUUAUAGGAAAUCUAAAAAUUUUGAAUUUAGAAUUUUUUUUCCUCACUGAAAAGAAAACUAAACCAGAACUGUGUGAUUUUGUUGUUUUAUAAUUGGAAAGACUGAACUGUGGAUUUGGGAGACCACUCACUUAGAGAAGUUGAUGUGACUGCAAAGCUGUAACAUUGGAUUCAACAUCUGCAUUGGUACCUCGUCAACUUUCAAGAGUCCAGCUCUCCAGGAAUACAGAUAGUUGCUGGAAAGAACACUGACAACUUCAGUGCAAAAUGAAGUUCUUUCUGUUGCUUUCAGUGAUUGGGUUCUGCUGGGCUCAGCAUGCCCCACACACCAAAUCUGGACGGACAUCUAUUGUCCAUCUGUUUGAGUGGCGCUGGGUCGAUGUUGCUCUUGAAUGUGAGCGAUACUUAGCCCCCAAAGGAUUUGGAGGGGUUCAGAUCUCCCCACCCAAUGAAAACGUUGUGAUUACUGACCCUUCAAGACCUUGGUGGGAAAGAUACCAACCAGUUAGCUACAAGUUAUGUACAAGAUCAGGAAAUGAAAGUGAAUUCAAAGACAUGGUGACUAGAUGUAACAAUGUUGGUGUCCGCAUUUAUGUGGAUGCUGUAAUUAAUCAUAUGACUGGAAGUGGUGUGAGUGCGGGAACGAGCAGUACUUGUGGAAGUUACUUCAACCCUGGGACUAGGGAUUUCCCGGCAGUCCCAUACUCUGGUUGGGAUUUUAAUGAUGGAAAAUGUAAAACUGGAAAUGGAGAAAUUAAGAGCUAUAAUGUUGCUUAUCAGGUCAGAGAUUGUCGUCUGGUUGGUCUUCUUGAUCUUGCAUUGGCGAAAGAUUAUGUGCGCUCCACAAUUGCUGAAUAUCUAAACCGUCUCAUUGACAUUGGUGUAGCAGGUUUCCGAAUCGAUGCUUCUAAGCACAUCUGGCCUGGAGACAUAAAGGCAAUUUUGGAUAAACUGCAUAAUCUAAACACAAGCUGGUUCCCUGAAGGAAGUAGACCUUUCAUUUACCAGGAGGUAAUUGAUCUGGGUGGUGAGACAAUUGCAAGCAGUGAGUACUUUGGAAAUGGCCAUGUGACAGAAUUCAAGUAUGGUGCAAAACUAGGCACGGUUCUGCGCAAGUGGAAUGGAGAGAAAAUGGCUUACUUAAAGAACUGGGGAGAAGGCUGGGGUUUCAUGCCUUCUGACAGGGCACUUGUCUUUGUUGAUAACCAUGACAAUCAGCGAGGGCAUGGAGCUGGGGGAGCAUCUAUUCUUACAUUCUGGGAUGCUAGACUGUACAAAAUGGGAGUUGGAUUUAUGCUCGCUCAUCCCUAUGGAUUUACACGAGUAAUGUCAAGCUACCAUUGGCCAAGAUAUUUUGAGAAUGGAAAAGAUGUUAAUGAUUGGAUUGGGCCACCAAAUAAUAAUGGAGUAAUUAAAGAAGUUACUAUUAAUCCGGAUACUACUUGUGGCAAUGGCUGGGUCUGUGAACAUCGAUGGCGUCAAAUAAGGAACAUGGUUAUAUUCCGUAAUGUGGUUGAUGGCCAACCUUUUACAAACUGGUGGGAUAAUGGUAGUAACCAAGUAGCUUUUGGAAGAGGAAACAAAGGAUUCAUUGUUUUCAACAAUGAUGACUGGGCAUUAUCUGCAACUUUGCAAACUGGUCUUCCUUCUGGUACAUAUUGUGAUGUUAUUUCUGGAGAUAAAAUUGGUGACAAUUGUACAGGAAUUCAAAUCAAUGUUUCUUGUGAUGGUAAUGCUUAUUUUUCUAUUAGUAACUCCGCUGAGGAUCCAUUUAUUGCAAUUCAUACUGAAUCUAAAUUAUAAAAUGUAAAUUAAAUAUAUAUAUAUAUAUAUCCAGAGAAAUAAAGUUUAUUUGAUUAUAUAUGUAAUAUAUAACUUCAUAAUUCAUUAAUUUUGGUAAAAGCUAUAAUAAGUAAUCAACUUGAACAACUCAGAAAAGCAUAAAAAAUGAUAAUUAUUAGUACAGUCAACAUUUUGUUUCACUUUGAAGAUUCUCAUUAUGUUAUUUGUCAAAAGAAUUUCUAAGAACUCAGAAAGGUGUGUUGAAAAAUGUUUGUUGCCAUUAACACCAUUUGCCCAGCUAUGUAUCUCUAAUCCACAUCUGUAUUUCUUACAUAAAAUGUUUCUAACAGAAGCACAGCAUAGCUGAUUUAAUGAUGAUUCCUAUACAGUCAUACAGGUAUAACACGGGUAUUUUUCACAAUGUAAAGACCCUUUCAUGAUUAAGAAGUUAAAAAAUAAAAGAAACAAAUUAUGUAGUCUA